GUGUGCGAAGUUGUUUUGACUUCGAUGUCAGUCCACCGGCCCCAGUGUGACGUGGUGGAAUAUUCGCUCGUUUGUAUGUUUUUAUUCGUUUUACCAUGAUGCCUGGAGAUAGUCAGCCGAAGGCGCUGUCCGUCGCCGCCGACGCCGCCUCAGGAAAAUGUCAGAAUUGCUCCGUUUUGCACCAGAACCUGACGGAAUAUGUGUCUUCAUUUCUGGCGUUGAAAAAGAAGGUCUCCGUUUUAGACGACACCAUUGGAGUGCAGCAUCAGCUAGAAGACUUGCAAAUCAGGUUGCUGGCUGAAGAGAAGAAGAGUGCGGAUUAUGAGUCGAUGAAAGCAGAACUGGAGCACCAAAGGUCUGUCCUUGAGGAUUAUGAACGAUUGGUGGAAGAUUUCGACGCGUUGAAGCAGGAGAAACGUGACCUAACGUCUAUGAACGAGGGACUUGAGAAUAAACUGAAAGAAGUUCAAGACCGUCUGGAUGCUCAGGUGGUGGAAAAUUCAACGCUUCAGAGAGGGAAGUCGACCGCUGAAAAUGCUUUACUGGAAGCACAAACAUGUGUAAAAACGUUACAGCGACAAGCAGACAAAGUAGACCUUCUAACAAAGGAGCAUGCUGAAAUAAUCGCCGUAAAAGAGAGCUUGGCCAAUAAAGUAGCUGCGCUCGAGGAAUCGGUCUCCCAAAGUAACGUACAAAUAUCUACACUCAGCAAAGAGAAGAGCCUUCUUGAGACAAGCACACGCGACCUCCAGGUACGACUGAUGCGACUCGAAAGAGAACGGACCAAAGAGUGGAAAUGCGCGUCGACCCAAGCGACGGCAGCUGAGGUCCCCAAGAUCGACAAAGCAAGAUUUCGGAUGCUUCUGGAGAAUCUGUGGGCGUGUGUGGAUCCUCGCCAGAAGGCGGCAGAUGUGCCGCAGCUUCAUGAGCCAAACUCCUCGCAAGUGAAACCCGCCCCCCAACAACUCUUCAGUCCUCCGAAAGGAAAAUCGUCUCCUCCUUCUCCGGUCGUUGGGAAGUCUGGUCGUACUUUAGUGCGGCAAAACGGUCCUUCUCCUCCUCGUGCUCCAAAAAGUGUCCAGCCCCAAGUUUCCCCGCAGCACAAGAAGAAACCAAACCCCGGGAUCAAUGGCAAAGGUUCACCCAGAGAGCAGACGUCUGAUUUGUUAGAUGGACUGGAAAUCUCGCUCGCAGAGAUCAUGGAAGUAUUUCAGCCCAUUCCUCCCUGCCUGUCCCCGUUAACAAUUGUGGAUGCAGAGAUGGAGUCAGAUGAUGGAGGAGCUGACGCUGCGCCCCCAUCUCCCCAAAGUUUCCCUCACACUUUGGCUUCGUCCCUUUUAUCCACCAGACGUACUUCACCGCCAAAAUCUGAGGACAAAGACUCGACUAUGGAUGAAAGCACAGUCGAACCAAACCCAAACAUCCAUGAUCAUGUCAAACCCUGUGUCGCGGCGGCGCAAGGAGACGAGUGCAAGGCAGAGCGUCAGCACCUGGAGCUCGCAGGUCUGGCGCCCUCCGCGCCACUGCUGUCCUCCACAGCUCAUGGUUCAAAUUUGGAGGAUACUGCAGCGGGGUGCACUGCGUCUGUCUCUGCCGUCUCAGGAAAACUGUUACCUGACACGCAGGAUUCUGUUGCGGAAGAGGUUGGGGAUGUUCCAGCGAGUCCUGCGGGCGACGCUCAAACCCUGAAUGAAAAGACUGAAGAGAGAAACCACACUGAUCGGGGAUCUGUUACAGGCCAGAUUUCAGCUUCGUCGACACAUGGUGAUGGUGCAGGUGAAGAGAAAACUGAAUGGGAUUCUGUUCCACGUCGAGCUGUAGAGUCCACAGGGACUGAAACUAGCAUCCCUGAAGGAAGGAGCGAUGUGGCCGAGGGUGGUGAACAAGAUGGAAGCCACUCGACAUCUUUGACUGGUUGCCUGCAGCGGUCCUCUCACGAGAGCCCUUCGUUAAUGAUGGCGGAGGAAGACCAUGGUAUGAAUGACGUGGAGGAUGACGUGACUGCGACGGGAGAUGAUGGCCAAUCACUGGACGGGAAUUCAAGAAAUCCACCGUGUGAGCUGGAGACUGAAAUCUCCUGUAAACUGCCAUCAGAAGACAGUGUUGAGACGGAGGCUUCCAGCGAGUCGACCACGAACAACAAAACCUUUCAGUCCUUAGAAGAAUGUCAUGUGAAAGAUCAAGUUGGCUUUCCUCGUCAAGAAGAAGAAGGUUCAAAUGCCUUGGGACGAGGAGGUGAAGAGAAGGAAGAGAAAUGUUUGGAGUCAGAAAUGGUGGGACAGAAGGCCAAUGGCGCACAGGAUGGGAGAGUCUCACCAGAUCAUUCGUCCACACAACUGUGCCGAGCUCGCUGGGAGAUGGGAGCCCCCCUCCCCUCUCUUCUCACGCCUUUAAACCGCUCUCCCAAGGCGGUGAAACAAAUCAGUCCUCGCAAUGCUAUCGGGAAGCUGCUGUUCCCGUCGCCCAUGGCCUCUCCCAACACUCAGAUGUCACAGACCACCUCUAGCUCCCUCAAGAGUCCCACGCCUUGGUCUCCACUCCAGUUUGGCUCGGCCACUCCAGAACAUGCCGUUCCGGUUCCUGGACGUCUGCCUCCUGCGGCCGCGAGCUGCUCACCUGCCACUGGGACGUCUCGGGAGAGCUCCAUCGGAAGCCUCAGAGAGGGCAGCAUCAUCGGCCCCUCAGAGGUGGGUGCCUUGGCGGCGACCAGUGAAAGUCAAACCUCUGGUUUUCUGAAUUUCGCUUCCACCGCUUUCACCAAGACUGAGACGAGAGGCGUCAAACGAGCAGCCAGCGGCCGUUCCCCUCGAGCUCAGACCAGCAAGCAGCCCAGGCUCGAUCGCUGCACGGCCAGAGUGAGCCCACCUCCUGGCCUCCAAAAUCCAGGGCAGGACUUGGAUGAGACAGACGACAACAUUGUGGAGCGGUGUAUGAGGAAGGUGGAGCGACGAUGCUUUGAUCUGCUGGCUGUGCUCAAGAGCCAUAUUUUCGUAGGCAACCUUCCAAAGAAGCCUGUGCUCAGGGACGAGGAGAAAGAAGUGGUCUCGCUGAUAUGUGAGAGGAACUUGGAGAAUGACCUGAUGAUGGCCAUCCUGAACAAACUCAAGACUGAGAAGAGAAGUCUUUGCAAGAACUACAUGCAGGCCCUGUGUCGGGUUUACACGGCUGUCUGUCGCCAGAGGAGCGACUGGGACGGCGCUCGCGUUCUUGCUCACAGCUUUCUCGCAGAAGAUUUCCCAGAUUGUGCCAAGCUGAUUUUGUUCAUGGUGACCACAUGGCCUGGAGUUCUCGCUCAGAAAGGUUCUCUAUGUCAGGCGAUCCAUGCUGUCACCAAGCUGAAGGCAGAGGAUGAACUCAUGGGCUGCCUGUCUUCCUUCCUCCGCUGGGAAAAGUGCCCCCCCUGUGACAUCGAUGAGCUGAUCUCCAGAACGCUGUCUGAGAUCCGAUCCGGAGAGGAGCUGUCCUUCGCACAUCACAGCCGACACGGCCAAGAUCUUGGGACUGAGACGUGGGAGAAGGUGCACGCGCUGCAACUUCUCUGCACGCACAAAACCUGGAAGUGGACCUACGACAACGUACUGGGGAACCAGCUCUGGCCCUUGAUGAACGCCUGGAUGACACAGCCACGAGAGCAGCAGAGCCCGGUGUCUGACGUGUCUGUGGCUGCCGCCCUCCGCCUCAUAGGACGCCUUGGUCAACUUGGAAUCAAGGAGAACUGUCUUCCUUUGGUUCGGAAUGUUUCCAACAUCAUCAAUACGUUCGGGAGGCACGCGCCAACUGAAGGAGUGCCCUGGCCGGUGCAGUUGGCCGCGGUGUACUGCAUCCAAGACCUGUCACCCGCCGACCCAAAGAAAGCUCUGGAAGCGCUGGCUGGCUGGAGGGAGGAGACGCCACGCACCGUCCCUGCUGCUGUCACCAGUUGCAUCAACCAGCUGGCGUCUGUCUCGAGACUGAUCAAGACCUAAACCAUGACAUGGUGUCAGGUCCUGUUCACUCUGAAAACCCCUGUCUGCUGAGAUGCUCUCAAAGACUCCCAGCUGGGAGAGUGAUCAUCACAUCCGUCGGAGCAGGAGCGUCCAGCAGCCUGGAGUGCUUGUGAUUCCAUGAGGCACGCCGACAUCGAAGCUGGAUUCCUGUCUGAAAUGACUUUGAACUUGUGCGUGCGCUUGUGUCCCACCCUGCCCAUGUUUGGGAGAGGCCAGUCAUCGUGUAAAUAAGCAGCUUGUUUUUUUUUUUUUUAAUUAAAAUGUUUCUGACGCUCACACUGGCUCU